UUUUUUUUUUGUCCUGUAUACGUACCAAGGACAUACCAUAAAAAUUUCACCCAACCUUUGCGGAUGAGUGCUAGUGUCGAGACAAUUCACUGAAAAGAGCGCGUCAAGAUUCGACGUUAGAGAUCGCAAUUUUCGUGCUUUGGUAACUCCUUGUCAACUCAUUCAGCGUGUGCAUGAGCCAAUUCGUUCAAAGAAGGUCAGAGUCCUUAAAUUUGACUCCAAAAUAUAGUGAUGACCGACAUGUAUUUGAACAACUUCUAAAAGAGAUAACAGUUUUUGAUCAGGAUGCAGCUUCUCAGAACAAUUCGAGGUCUAUUCCGGUAACAUUUCAAAUAAUCCAAAUUUUAAUAGAGGCUGGCCUUCUUGUAUUAGAAAGUGAUGAUUACAAAAAUAUUCUAAUUCCUUCAAAUAUACUGAAAGAAGCAAAACAGUCGAUCCAAUGUUUACUCUUGGUAUUGAAAAAGUGCCCAAGAGUUUUAUGUGAAGAAACGCCUUGCGGCGUUCUAUUAACUUGGCUACUUCCGCGUACCAUCUUUGUUUUUAAAAAGUUCCAGUUAGUUGAUUUAUUUGAUGAUAUUUGCGAACUGCAUCACACUCUAUUCGAUUUCCUUUUUGCGAAAGAGUACCUGUGGCCUUUUCAGAACGUUUACUUAAGGACAUGGAAAUAUUAUAUCGAUACGAUUUCUUCUUCUUUGUUAGAAACUACGAAUUUAUCUUUUCCUUUGCGAAUGCUGCCUCUUGACCCGCGCCCAUUGCUGUCGGUUAACGGGAAAUUUGACGGUAAAGAAGAGUCUAACUUUCCAAUUAUUAUUGAUAAUUAUCAAGAGGCUUGUUCUUUUUAUUUAGAAUGUGUUCAUGUAUUCGCCAAGUAUCUUGUUCCUUUUAACAAACUAAACGACGUGUCCCUUUCUUUUUUGAACGGCUACUGGAUUAAGCCUAAAUAUCUAAAUUUUCUUUUUCUCCUCAAAAAAUUGGUCAUAACAGACACAUUUUGCUUAACCCAUACACAGUGUCGUGCCAUACAAUGCUUGAUUUUCUUUUUCUUAAAAUCUGCUAUAGUUCAGAACUCACCGUGUCAAAAAACCAAAGAUUUACUGCUGAUGUUUGCCAAAUCUUAUCUUUUCUCAUUUCCCCAUGUGUCAAAUUUUGUCGACUAUACGUACGCUCUCUACUUUCUUUCUCUUUGUAUAAUACCUGACUCAUGUUUUGAUUCUUUUCGUUCGUUUUCUAUACAUCUACUAUCUUCUUCUCAAACUCUAAUGACUAUUUGUAACGAUGAACACUCUGAUUCACAUACAUCCGUCCUACUCUUUAAAUAUCUGUUGGAAAAUACAAAAGGUAAUAUAUUCAAAAUUAUUUAUGAGCAAAAUAAAAUUCAAAAAAUUGGAAAUGCAGACAAAUGCGGAUUGUAUAUAUCUUCUACUUUGAAUCAAUUAUUCGCCUUUGCUUUCUUUUUGGCUUACCCUUUCUCAGCAAAAAACGUAUUAAAAGCCCCCUAUAUCAAUAUUCACCCUCUGAAGUCUUUUUUUGAAUGGUUAUUGUCUUCUGGUUCCUCCAAUUUUGACGAUAUUAGUUACAAAUUAUCUGAUGCUUUAUCAAAUUCGACUACAAUUUCCGAGCAUGAAUUACAAGAGUUUGAAUUAUAUUUAUGCAAACAACACUCAAAUUAUGAAUUCCUAUCAUUUCAAGGUUGUCUUACAUGUGAUUCUGUUACUGCUCAAUCCCGCGAAAAAAAUAUCAAACUCCUAGAUAUUCCUUCGGACCAAAUUUUCUCAAAGUUAUUAGAUUCUGAUCUAAUUAAGUUUUCAGAAACAAAACUGUACUACACUUUAAGGGUCUUUAUUCGCUGGUUAAAUCAUACUAAUCCGCAGUAUUUACUGGUAUCGCCCCAGAUGAAAGAAAAGCUAAUUCCACUUCUUUCUAGCAACACAAGGUCUGUUCGGAUGUUAGCAGCUUUUAUCAUCCCAAAGGUGUUUUUUAACUCUUCCAUUCAGAAGGAUGCUGACUUUUUAAGGAAUAUUCGAAUGGAAGUAUUGAAGACUUUAAAAGACUUAUCUUUAAGCGAUAUUUCUUUAAUGGAAACAACAAUAAUUACCUGGGAAAAUGUGGGCCAAUUAGCAGAAGGGGAAGAGCUUCAUUUGGUUCUUUUGCAAAUUAUCUCAACAGCAAUAGAACUUGACAUAUACUAUCAAGGUGUUUGUCUACAUGCCCUUCAAAGUAUUGCUCGGUCAAGAAGGAUUUCUGUUUGGAAACUACUAUCUCCUUAUUGGCCUACAAUUUCCGUUACAAUCAUUAGAGGUAUGACUUCUAAACCCAACAUCUCAGGGCUAUUCGCUGAAGCAAUGGACAUUUCUGAAAGCGAUUUUUUAAUUCGUACCCAGGCCUAUACACUUCCUUACCUUGUCUUAACAAAAAACCAUCAUGUUAUUUCUCGUAUCGCUGAAUUAUCGCAGACUGAUGUUGCAACUUUAUGUUUGACUAAUAUGCAUAAAAUUUUGGCUCUUUUAUUAACCACGGAGUAUCCAAACCUUGAAGAAAGUGUCAUGCUUCUAUUAAGCCUAGCCUCUUCAGAUUUUCGAAAAAUUGACCUUACUUCAUUAUUAAGAUCUGAUCCCAUAGCUUUAACCGUCGAACUCCUUCAAUUAUACAAUACUGGGGUACCAAGGGAGAAAAUUGAAAGUGCAUUAAAAAAGGUUGCCUUAAUGGUAUCUCAACCAUCUGCUGAACUUACAGAAGCUGACGAAGACAAAUUGCUGUUCGAGUUUUUUAAUAAUCACAUACUGGGGAUUCUUGCAGAAUUCUCAAAUAUAUUGAAUGACUUAAAAGGAAAAACUUCUGUUAACGAUAAAAUACGUACAAUUGUCGGAAUUCGAGAGAUGUUCACACUUUCAGGUAAUGCUAUCAAGCUAGGUUUACCCCAAAUAUUAUCGAGCUUACAAAACGCUUUUCAGGAUGAUGCUCUACGUUCAUAUGCUAUCGAUACCUGGUUGCAAUUGGUAUCAUAUAUCAAUGAACCUGAAUACACUUCCAUAGCCAGCCUCAGCCUUGUACUUUUCCCAAUUCUAUAUAGAAAACUUACAGAACAAGAAGCAGCGACAGUACAAAAAGUUUUCGAUUUUAUUGCUUCGGAUCCUCAUACUUCUUUAUCGGAAUUGAGAUGGGCAAUCCCAACUACAUUAGAUUUACCAUGUUUUAAAGACAGCGCCAGGAAGGUAUUUUCAGAACUGCAGAAUGACGAUUUUUUCGUGAAUAUUCAAGAUAUUAUAAAGUGUCUUAGAAACGAGCACGAAUCAGUUUGCUAUUUAGGUCUUCAGAAACUAGACAUCUUUUUAGAAAACAAGCAAGAAGAACUCCAUGAUGUACUAUAUUUGGAUGCCUCAGAUUCAGUUUUGGAUCAGUUGUUACGUUGCCUACUUGAUUGCUGCGUAAAGUUUGCACAUGCUAAUGAUGAAAUAGCGAAGCUUUGUACGCGAAAUAUUGCGAAGCUUGGUGCAGUUGAUCCCAGCCGUUUGGAAGCUCGAAGUAAUAUUCAACAAACAGUUGUGUUAGACAAUUUUGAAGAUGGUGAAGAAAGCCUACGGUUCAUUUUAGAUUUUAUACAAUCUCAACUAAUUCCUGCGUUUCUUGUAACAACCGACACAAAAGCCCAAGGUUUUAUAGCUUAUGCAUUACAGGAGUUUCUGAAGCUAGGAGGAUUUAAAUCUGCUGUACUAAACAAUAAGAAAAGUACAUCAUUAGCCAUAGUGGCCGAGCAUUGGAAGGCUUUACCUGACCUUUCUAAGCGAGUUCUAAUUCCUUUUCUGAACUCCAAAUACCAUCUUACUCUUGUCCCCAAAUUGGAGAUUGGAUUCCCGAUAUUCAAGCAAAAUAUGGACACCCAUUCGUGGGUUCAAGAGACUUGUUUGAAACUGACAGAAUUCCCUCAUUCUCAAAAUGCUGACAGAAUCUUCAGUAUAUGUUCCAAAGUGAUUAAAGAUCAAGAAAUGUCAAUUCCUUGCUUUUUACUUCCAUUUUUGGUUUUGAAUGUUGUCAUAACUGAAAGAGAUGAAGUUGUUGAGCAGGUUAUUGCUGAAUUUCAAUAUAUAAUUAACCAACCUAGCCCUGACGGGUUAGAUGCUAUAGGAAAACAGAGAUACAUAUCUUUCGUCAACUUAUUUUUUAAAAUUGUUGAUUACUUAAACAAUUGGCUUCGUAUGCGAAAGAAGAGAAAUUGGAAUAGACGCUCUGCGUUAGCUAGAAGAGAAAACCGAUAUAUGUCUGUUGAUGACUUGACUACGCAGGAGAAUUCUGUCAGCAAAGUGGAAAAUUUCCUUUUACGCUUUCCCGCAAAAACGCUAGGCCUUGUAUCCUUAAAUUGUGGAUUUCAUGCUCGAGCUUUGUUUUACUGGGAACAGCACAUUAGGACUGCUCAUUUGGAAAGGCCAGGUUCUGUUUUAGAUUCAGAUUAUCGUAUCUUACAGGAUGUUUAUACAGGGAUAGAAGAUCCUGAUGGAAUUGAGGCGGUUUCUUUGAACUUCCAUGAUUAUUCCUUAGAUCAACAACUUCUAUUGCAUGAAAAUUCUGGUAAAUGGGAUUCAGCCCUUAGUUGCUAUGAAAUACUUGUACAGAAUUAUCCUGAAAAUCAUAGAGCAAAGGUUGGUCUUUUAAAUGCGAUGCUCCAAUCUGGGCAUUACGAAUCCUUAGUAUUGUCUGUAGAUUCGCUAAUGGAAACAGAUUCUGAAGUAAACACUUCAUCUAAAAUUGUUGACUUAGGAAUCGAAGCGGCCUGGCAUUCAUUGUCUGUUAGUUCUCUUCAAAAAUGCAUACAGAAAAGUAAUUUACAAACUUUCGAUGCCAAACUUGGAGAAGUCUUCCAAAAGUAUUUAUUAAUAGAAUCAGACUUAUCGACAUUGGAAUACCAGUUGGAGCCUUUAUAUGCCGAGGCUGCUUCUAUAAUCUCCAAUAUUGGUGCCCAUUCUUCUUAUGAUUGUUAUGAAAUGCUUUCGAAACUUCACGCACUUUACGAUCUCAGUAAAAUCGCUGAAAUUGAUUCUAGUCAAAGUGCUCUGGAAAAACUUGAAACUUUUCUUCAUCGUCGACUAAAUCAAGUGGCUCCUUAUGGAAGAUAUAGACACCAUAUCCUAUCAACACAUCUGGUUGCUUUCAGCCGAUUUAAGCUUCGAGAGAAGCUAGCCAGUAUCUACUUAGAAAUAGCAAGGUUCUCACGAAAAAAUGGCCAGGCCCAAAGGGCCUACAAUGCUAUUCUGAAGGCUAUGGAACUUGAUAAGCCACAAGCGACUAUCGAACAUGCUAGAUGGUGGUGGCAUCAAGGACAACAACGAAAAGCCAUAGCUGAACUACAUUCAUCUUUGGAAAAUAACAUUUUUGAUGCAGAAUUUUUUAACAUAAAGAACAAGAAGGCGUCUCAAACAGGAAACCCUCUCAAAGGUAAAGUUCAUUUGGAGCUUACAAAGUGGCUUGGAAAGGCAGGGCAGUUAGGGCUUAAAGAUUUGGAAACUCAUUAUUCUAAAUCUGUUGAAAUAUUUUCGGAAUGGGAAAAAAAUCAUUACUAUCUUGGCCAUCACCGAGUUUUAAUGUUCGAAGAAGAGAAGAAACUUCCUGUUUAUGAGCAAAGCGAAAGAUUUCUUUCAGGUGAAUUAGUAACACGCAUAAUAAACGAAUUCGGUCGAUCUUUAUAUUAUGGGACCAGUCAUAUUUAUGAAAGUAUGCCUAAGCUUUUAACUCUAUGGUUAGAUUUUGGAGCAGAGGAAUUACGACUUUCCAAAGAUGACGGAGAAAAAUAUUUUCGUGAACAUAUAAGUUUGUCACGUAAAAAAUCGUUAGAAUUGAUGAAUUCUAAUAUCUGUCGAUUGGCAGUGAAGAUUCCUCAAUACUUUUUUCUCAUAGCCCUUUCUCAGAUGAUUUCUCGCAUCUGCCAUCCCAAUAAUAAAGUGUAUAAAAUUUUAGAGCACUUAGUCGCUAAUGUUAUUGCAACCUACCCGUGUGAAACACUCUGGCAACUAAUGGCUACUAUUAAGUCCAUUUCCCAGAAACGAUCUAUUCGAGGAAAAAGCAUACUGAACGUUUUGCAAUCUAGAAAGGUCGCCAUUACUUCAAAAAUUGACCUUAAGUUGCUAAGCCAGUCAGCAAUAUUACUAACAGAAAAAUUGGUGGAUUUAUGUAACACUCGAAUAGAUAGUAAAGCAGUUAAAAUGAGCUUAAAAAAUCAUUUCCGGAUGGUCUUUGAUACGCCUGUUGAACUUGUUAUACCUGCGCGUUCUUUUUUGAAUAUCAGCUUACCUGCUACAGAUGCCAACCGGAAUACCCACCAUCCGUUUCCGAAGAAUCAACCUGAAAUCUUAAAAUUUGAAGACGAAGUUGAUAUUAUGAAUUCUCUGCAGAAACCGAGAAAAGUAUAUGUACGAGGUACUGAUGGCAAUAUAUAUCCGUUCCUGUGUAAGCCAAAAGAUGAUUUGAGAAAAGACGCUCGACUAAUGGAGUUUAACAAUGUGAUUUGUAAAAUUUUACGAAAGGAUCAAGAAGCUAAUAGAAGAAACUUAUGUAUAAGAACUUACGUGGUCAUUCCUUUGAACGAGGAGUGUGGUUUCAUUGAAUGGGUAAAUCAUACCCGUCCUUUCAGAGAUAUUUUGUUGAAGAAUUAUCGUCAGAAAAACAUACCAAUUUCUUAUCAGGAGAUAAAAGUUGAUUUGGAUUUGGCUCUAAGAAGCCCAAAUCCCGGAGAAACUUUUGAGAAAAAGAUGAUACCAAAAUUUCCCCCAGUAUUUUAUGAGUGGUUUGUUGAAUCAUUUCCUGAGCCAAAUAGUUGGGUUAAUAGCCGUCGAAAUUACAGUCGUACUUUAGCCGUUAUGUCCAUUGUUGGUUAUGUUCUAGGACUUGGUGAUCGUCAUGGAGAGAAUAUACUCUUCGAUGAGUUUACUGGUGAAGCUAUACACGUUGAUUUUAAUUGCCUUUUCGAUAAGGGAUUGACCUUUGAAAAACCAGAAAAGGUCCCUUUCAGGUUGACACACAAUAUGGUGGAUGCUAUGGGACCUACCGGCUACGAAGGCGGUUUCCGCAAGGCAAGUGAGAUAACCAUGAAACUUUUACGAUCAAAUCAAGAUACGCUUAUGAGUGUCCUUGAAUCAUUCCUUCAUGAUCCUUUAGUGGAAUGGAACAGGCGAAAGAUCACCGGAAGGUAUCCCGGUAACGAGGCUAAUGAAGUUUUAGACACAAUCCGAAAAAAAUUUCAAGGUUACAUGCCUGGUGAAACUAUCCCUCUUUCGGUGGAAGGACAAAUCCAAGAGUUAAUUCGGUCUGCAGUUAGCCCGAAAAACUUGGUUGAAAUGUAUAUUGGUUGGGCGGCUUACUUUUGAUUAUUGUUAACAUAACAUUAAUACGAUAUUUAUAUACUAAUAACACUGCUUAUUCGGAUUCCUCCGAGCUUUGUAGCCGUAAUUCUUGUAAAACCUCUCUUUUAGUUUCAUCUGAUGCUAUACCCUGCAAAGCAUUUUGAGCAUUUCUUUCACGCAGGGUCGCUUCAGCCUUAAAAAAGGCAGUUUCAGCUUCUGAAUCUUCAUCAGAGUCAAUUAUAAAUUUCGUUGAACGCAGUCGAUUUUCUUUCGGUGGUUUAACCUUCCUGUUCUUUGAAUUUUUUUCUUUGUUCAUCUUUCUCUUCUUUGCUAUUUUUUCGAAUGCUGUCUUACGAUUACCGAACGUCAAAGGAUCGUCUUUCUCAAAUUCAAUAUGGUCGCUCAGAUUCUCGGCAGCUGACUCUGAGGACCCGGCUUCAGAUUCAGCUUCAGAUUCACUACUAGAAGGUAGUCUAACUUUUCCUCUUUGUUUUCUCACUAACAAAUUCUCCGGAUCUACCCCUUCAAAUGUAGGAGGAUCGUCUGUAAAUUGGCGAAGUAGUCUUGAAGACUCCACAAGCUCAUUGUAAGAUAUCUCAUACGGCAUAAACCAUAAAGCAUCUAUAGAUACUUCAUCUUCAACUUCUUGAAAACCGAAUAAAUUCAGAAGUAAACGGAAUUUUCCGUCCUUUAAAAGAGCAUCGUCGAAAACUUGAGUAUCCCCUUUGAGUUUAAUAGUACCAACUUGACUUUCGGUUUCAGCUGCGACGCUGUCAGCAAGCUUUUGCUCGUAUAAUUGCUUUUCUGCUAUUAUACAGUUUAACUGUGUUUUAAGUUCAUCCAGAAUAUCACCUUUAUUCUCAUUAAUCAAGCAAGCGAUAACCGCUGCAACUUUCUCAACGUGAGAUAAACCUUGAACAGUGUCAUAUAAUGGUCCUUUUCUAGCAGCAUGAUUUAUCCUUACUGGUAUUUUUCCGUAUUGUAGAUAAUAAAAGGUAUCUGUCAUUUUAGGAAAGGGUAUUUCGAGAUAAAGAGCAGGAGUCCUAGUU